UCUGCUGCUUUUUACAUUUUUUUUUCAGUAAGAUAAAAAUUGCAGCAGGUGGUGCUACAUGUCCAUUAACUUAGUCUGGGAACAACACAGAACAGACAAAUCACAUGACCCUUGACAUUUCAAAUACUUUUUUGUGAAAAUAAUUGUGCUCCAUUUUCUACUUUUCAAAAGAUCAGUAUAAAGAUGAUGACGCUGCAAAUUCAGUCCUUUAAAUAUUGCUCUUAAGUACUUAAUUUCAUACUACUUAUUAAAUCCAAAUCUUUAAUUUGAUUUACUUUGUAUACAUACAUUCACCUAUAAAAGUUUACACAACUCUGUAAAAUAUUCACAAUAUGGAGAAAAGCAAAACUAAGUAAAAAUGUAGUUAUCUCAAUACUUAACAUAUAUUUCUUCAACAUGGUCAUCAUGAUGGUGGAAAUGGAAAUCCCUUUGUGUAACACCUGUAUGCAACAGGGCAGGUGUUAUCUUCAGCAGCUUCUGUUUGACAACUGCACAUUUGUAAUCUGUCAUUCAAGUUUUAUCAGGAGGUCAAGGUCAGUUUUAUAAAACCCUGUUAAUUACAGUUUAAAUGUGAGUACUAAUAAUAUCUCUGUUUUACACAUACCUGCUUAAUAUAGCCUUUAUUGGGCCCAAAAGAUCAAGGCAGGUUCACGAAGCUCACCUUAAGACAAUCCAUGCUGACAGCUGGAGGUACGAGCCGAUCAGCCUUCCAUCUGAUAUGCCACCAGAACUUCCCAGAACUUCAGCUAGACAUCUGCCCUCCCAAGGGGAGUGAAGUGGUAAGUACUGUGCAUCUGGCAAGAGCCGCCUCCUCCCCUGGGCCCAACAGAGUCCUCUUCAUUCUUUAUAAGAAUGCACCAGAUGUAUUUAGUUUUCUGUGGAGGCUGAUGAAGGUGGCAUGGAAGAAAAAAGCAAUACCAACAGCUUGGCGGAGGGCAGGGGCAUCCUAAUCCCAAAGGAAAAGAACUCUUCUGAUAUCAGCCAGUUUUGCCUUAUCAUCCUCUUGAAUGUUGAAGGCAAAAUUUCCUUCAGCAUUGUGGCUCACAGGUUGAGUGACUACCUGGAAAAGAACCACUACAUUGACUCAUCAGUGCAGAAGGCAAGGAUCUCUUGCUUUUCUGGGUGUCUGGAGCACACAAACAUGAUAUGGCAUCAAAUCCAAGCUGCCAAAAAGGAUGGAAGAGAACUCUAUGUUGUAUUCCUGGACCUCGCCAACACCUUUGGCUCGGCUCCUCACAAUCUCCUUUUGACUAUGUUUAACUACUUCAGUAUCCCAGAGCCUAUCACUGCCCUGGUCUAAGCCUACCUACAACAUUCAGCUAUGUCUGACAACAGAGAAGUACCCCACAGCAUGGCAUCAGUUGGAAAUAGGCAUCAUGGCAGGAGGCACUAUAUUUCCACCAGCCUUUUCCAUGACCAUGGAGGUCAUCAUCCGAGCCUCUCGGUGGGUGAUAGGAGGAGAACAGCUCAAACCCAGCUUGCAGCUCCCAUCCAUCAGGGCUUAUAACCAUAUACUAGGUGUCUGCUGAGGAAGCUGCAGGACAACAUCAAGUGGGCCUGGAUGAAAAAGAAGUCAAGCAAGUCCCGGAGAAUAUCACUUGUCAAGGGGAUGCUGUCAGAGCAGCGCUUCUACAUUGGGAGAAGAAGACAGGCGGCAUUGUUGGAACUAGUGCCGAUGGGACCAUUCGAGUUAUAAAGACAAAGCUGGAAUGUUGGAACCGAUCCCACAAGGAGAGGAGCAAAGUCUGUUUAUGAUGCAGGAUGUGGACCUUAACUUCACAUCUCUGCUUGGCUAUCAGAGGAAUCAGUCAUGGGACUGUUGCUGCCAAUCCUUCUUGGCUUUCUUGCCGCUCUGAUUGGAGGGCUGUACGUUCUCGGGGUGUUUCGACAGCGGCGACCAGGAGAACCCCCUUUGGAUAAGGGGCUGAUACCCUGGCUGGGUCAUGUCUUAGAGUUUCGCAGGAACACGUUCAAGUUCCUACAGAGGAUGAAGCAAAAGCAUGGUGAUGUGUUUACAGUACAGCUGGGAGGGUUUUAUUUUACGUUCCUGCAGGAUCCUCUAUCGUUUGGGGCACUUGUUAAGGAGAGUCGAGAAAAACUGGACUUUACUGAGUUUGCUCAGCAUUUGGUGCAUAGAGUGUUUGGUUACAAAUUUGUAGAAAGUGUUCACCACAUUCUCCAGAUGUCCAGCAACAAACACCUCAAGGGGGAUGGCCUGGAAGUAAUGACACAAGCCAUGAUGAAGAACUUGCAGAAUCUGAUGUUGCACAACAUCGGCUCAGCUGCAGACCAAAGAACUUGGAUGGAGGAUGGACUGUUUAUGUACAGCUACAAUAAUGUUUUUAGGGCUGGCUACCUAUCUCUGUAUGGCAAUGAGCCACACAAGUCAGAAGGAAAUGAAGAGAAAGCCAACGAGAAAGACAGAGCAGAGUCAGACGCCCUAUUUCGCGAGUUUCGUAAAUAUGAUCAACUCUUUCCUAACCUGGCUUACGGGGUCCUGACACCAAUGGAAAGACUGGAAGUGAAGAGGCUACUGAGAUCCUUCUGGAACACUCUGUCAGUGCAGAAAGUGAGGACCAAGGACAACAUCAGUCGCUGGAUUUGGGACAUACAGGAGGCUGAAAAGGGGUUGGGUAUGACUGAGUCAAUGAUAACCAGGUACAUGUUUGUACUUCUUUGGGCCUCUCAGGGCAACACAGGGCCCUCUGCAUUCUGGCUGCUCCUCUUCCUCAUGAAACACCCAGAAGCCAUGACAGCAGUGAAGGAAGAGGUAGAUAAUGUUCUGAAGGAAUUUGGUCAACAAGUCAAACGUGAUGGUCCUUUAAUUAACCUGACGCGUGAGAUGCUGAUGAAAACACCAAUCCUGGACAGUGCUGUGGAAGAAACCCUCCGACUCACUGCUGCACCCCUCCUCACCAGAGCAGUGCUUCAGGAUAUGACUGUCAAGAUGGCAGAUGGGCGUGAGUACUUCAUUCGCAAGGAUGACAGAGUGGCAGUCUUUCCUUACAUUGCCGUUCACGUCGACCCCGAGAUCCACCCUGACCCACAUUCAUUCAAAUAUGACCGCUUUCUCAAUCCAGAUGGGAGCAAGAAAACUGAUUUUUACAAAGCAGGGAAGAAGGUGAAGUAUUACAGCAUGCCCUGGGGUGCUGGGGUCUCCAUGUGUCCUGGGCGUUUCUUUGCCACCAAUGAGCUGAAACAGUUUGCUUUCCUCAUGCUGGUUUAUUUUGAGUUUGAGCUGAAGAAUCCUGAUGAGAAGAUACCUGAGAUUGACUACAGGCGAUGGGGCUUUGGAUCGAUGCAGCCCGACAGAGACGUCCAGUUCCGAUACAGACUCAGAUAUUAAACCAAUUAUUUUCAUUUUCUUAUAAAAUAUCCUUGAUUUUGAUCACCCCUGUAAGCGUUGAUUUGAAAAUUAUUUUUUAAUCUUGAAAUCAGUGUUUUUUUUAUUUGUGUUUUUUAAUAUGUGAUAAGCACAUUCUGGAUGUGGCUUCAAAACUUAGGGCCCUGUUCAGGUUAUUCUGAUACAUUGCACAUACAUUUUCAUACAAAACUAAUUCUAAUUUUCAGGGAUUAGUUGAUUUAUGUUUAUGUUUUAUGUUUAUUUCAUUUAGACAAGGACAGUGCACAUUAAUGAACAUGAUCACUUAAGUCACAUAAAUGUGCCAGAUUUAGCCAUACAGGUAAAUUUUCAUCUGUAGUCCCUGGCAGGUUGAUGGUGUAAGUUUAUAUAAGAAAAAGACAAAAGACUUACCCACUAAAGAAGAAUAGCUUUAGAUACUAACAUUUUGAGUGUUGGAGACUAGUUGACAUUGCUUGUUACAUCCCAUUACAUGUCUAAAUGUAUAAAUGUAUAAAAAAAAGUAGCAGAGAUGCCAAUGCUUUGUUAAUAUUUUACAUGCAUAUAUGUUAAAUAGUCAUGAUGGUAGUUUUGCUUGAAUCAUUUGUUGAGCAAAGGAACAUCUUUGUGUAAUGUGAAUGUGAAAUCAAAGAAGGUAGGUGUUAUCCAGCGUCUGUCUCUUGUUUGUGUGAUAAUCUGUUGAUCAGAUUGGACUCGUUAUACUAGAUGAUUUAUCAGGAACUCUUUGUCCCAUGACUUGUUUUGUUUUUGUUUUAAAUGUUGCAAUAAUGCUUGUCUGUUUCAGGGUUUUUUUGCAACCUGUAAUAAAGUCUUCAUUUGACCAAAUUCCACUAAAGAUCACA